AUGUCGCCCUUCCACUGUGGCACCCGAGCAAUCGGUCCUGGAGCAGGGCCACUGUUCCUCCAGAGUCGAGGCCUCAUUCCAGCCCUCAAAGAAUUCGGCCUCCCCGUCCACGAAGUCCAAAUCGAGCCUGUGGACGAAUUAGAUGGCGAGCUCGCAAAAUGCUUCGAAAUUAUCCGCCGAACAUCAAGGCUCGUUUCUCAAGCUCGUGGGAAUGGAUCGUUCCCCAUUGUAUUAUCCGGCAAUUGCAGCGGUGCAGUGGGCGUCGCGGCAGGACUAAGUUCUAGUGGCAUUGCUGGAGGGGAUCUGGGAUGUGUAUGGUUUGAUGCCCACGACGACUUUCACACACCAGAUACUAUUGCCAGUGGCUAUGGAGACUCCAUGCCAAUUGCAAUCCUGGCAGGGUUGUGCUACAACCAAAUGCUGCAAUCAGUCCCGGGCCAUCAGCCGCUGAAUUUGAAUCACCUGGUACAUGUGGGUAUGCGAGAUGUUACCGAGGAGGAGAAGCAGAGGGUUCUUGAUGCUGGGUUUGACAUUAUUUGGGGAAACGCUGAGCAGAAAAUGGAUUUUGGCAGUGGGUUGCGCACAGUGUUGGAGAAGAAAUCGCUGACAGACACAAUGGUCCAUGUGGAUUUAGACUCGCUGGAUGCGUCGAUAGGCAUGGCAAAUAAGAUGGCCACCUAUGGUGGUUUGCUGGAAGCUGACUUGAUUGAGUGUCUGGAGGAAGUGGUGAGGCAUACACAUCCGGUUUCGUUGACGUUGGCUUCAUUUGAUCCGGGCUAUGAGCGGGCGGACAAAAUUGCGCAUGUUGGAAUUGUCGGUGUUAAGACGUUUUUGAGGGCACUACUGGGAUCCAGUUGA